AUGAUAGGCAGAGUCUCUGGAGCAGCUGCUACAGGCCCAGAACACGUCACCUACAGGGUGCAAGGAGGACUGCGCCAUGUGGAGCCGUAUGAUUUCGACUUCACAACUCAUGUCAAGCAGCGAUGGAUUGGAAGGACGCUGUUGGAGGUGUGCGCUUGCGAGUUCGUGGCCUUCCCGCGGGACUACUACGAGGCUUCCAUAGAAGCUGGACGAGUCACGGUUGAUGGGAAGGCGGUCAAGUCGGGACACGUCUUGCGCGAUGGGCAGCGUAUCGUUCACCGAGCAGUGCGCUGUCGCGAGAACCCCGUCCUUGACCGCGGUCCGAUCAAGGUGGUCGCAGACACCAAGGAGCUCUUGGUUGUCAGCAAGCCCAGCUCUUUACCCAUCCACCCGUGCGGCAGCUACCGCUUCAACUCCCUCAUUGCCAUCUUGCGUAAUCAGGGCACGGUGGAGGCACAUGCUCCGUUGCACACGACGCACCGACUCGAUCGACUAACCAGUGGCCUUGUCUUGCUAGCCAGGACCAAAGAAGCAGCUAGAAGAGUGGGAGCGUGGUUUGCUGCAAAUCAGAUACGGAAGACGUACAUGGCUCGUGUGCAAGGCUGCUUUGGGCAGCUUCUGGAAAAAGGUGGGCAAUGCCUACCUGCUGGUGCUACAUGCAAGAAUGGGCGUAUCCAUGUCAUGGGAUACAUCCGCUGCAUUGACCGCAAAGUUGGCAAGUACCAGUUUUCAGCUGAAGCUCCGGCCGAGGGCGAAGAUGCCAAGGAUGCUGCCACAGAGUUUGAAUUCGUGGGCAUGGCGUCGCAGGAUGAAUCCCUCGUUCGUUGCUAUCCCGCGACUGGCAGAACCCACCAAAUUAGAGUACAUUUACUCCAUCUCGGGUUCCCUAUUGCCAACGAUAGUUGCUAUGGUGGUGAGCUCCGAAACGACUCCACAUUGCCGCUGAUCCCGCACAUCCGCCAGGAGGCGCAGAGCGCUACUUUGGUCGAGGAGGCCACCAUGCAUCCCAGUGGCAUCUUCCUCCAUGCCCUCACAUAUGCACUGCCAGAUGGCGGUGCUUUUACAUCGGAGGCUCCGGACUGGGCCACUGCCCGCGCUGAUAUCCCGUAG